AUGUCCACUCCAAAUAAAUCAGCAGACCCCCCAGAUGACGAUGAUGCAUGGAACAUUCAGUUGCCACCCAUAGAUUUGCCCUCCACAUCCCAGAGUUUGACGGAAACACAAAAAAAGCUGCUGAAAUAUCGCAGAGUCAGCGAGCAGCAAAAGAUGUUUAAUAACAUAAUUGUUACUGGGGCUAUGCAGGACUAUACAACAGCCCUCGAAGAAUUUGCUAAGACAGGUUCUCCACCUCCUGCUCCAGAACUGCCUGCUACGAUGAACAGUGAGCAGAGGAAAAUACGAAACAACUAUCUCUUUAUGAAGAAGUGUGUACAAAAUAAUCCAAUAGUGCCUAUUCAGCAGGAAUGGUUAACCUCCAUGCUCACGUUAGUACCUCAGCAUCUAUUGGAAGGCAAAGGCAGAGAAAAACUAGUCGAAGAACUCUUAGCUGAGGUAACAACAGAUUAUGAAAUGAGCAUGAAGAGAUACAUGUUGCGAAGUGUUCUGGUCAAACCUCCAGUAAAAGGGCUUGAAUUUGAAAAAGAAGGACCUUUGCCAGUUUCGCCUAUUGGAUUAGAUUAUUCCCAGCCUUGGCAUAAAAGCUUUUUACAAGCAAGAAAACAGAUUCUCGCUAAUUUACAUAUUCUUCAUCCAACUCUAAGAACUUUACUGGAUAUUGGUUAUAAAACCUUUUCCAAUUUACUUAUAGUAGAUGUUUCAAGUUUAAGGUCAAAAGGUCCAGUUGAUUGGGAAUCACUUCAAAAUGAUGUGUCUAUAAACUGCUUGAAAACAGAAGAAAAGAUAUUAAACACAUGGUAUCCUAGGGUUAUCAAUCUCUUCACCAGAAAAGAGGCACUGGAAGGUGUGAAGGCAGACAAAGUUGAUUCUUUCUAUAACUGUGUGGCUACACUUAUGUCUAAUCAGCUGAAGGAGUUGCUGAAAAGAACUGUUGAGGCGUUUGUGAAACUAUUUGAUCUUGAAGACCAUCGAUGUCUGCCUUUAUUUAAGAUGGAUCUGACUUUUGAUGAUGAGAAAAUGGACUUUUAUCCAAGCUUUCAAGAUCUAGAGGCUGCUAUAUUGUUCAUAAUUACUUUGAUUUCACAGAGUCUGCAGAAUAUCCAAACAAUACACUCUUGGUUAGGAGGUGGAACCGUAGUUUCAACUAUUGACACUGAACUUCCUGAUCAUGUGAUAACGUGGGCCUCAACUAUACUGAAGGGAGCAAUCAGUGAGAAUUUGAAAGGUCCCAAAGCCCAUUUUGAUUAUUAUGUUGAGAAAUAUGGCUGGCUAGUAGAUGGUUCUGCAGAUGACCGUAUAAGAACAUUUGCUGCUGAGGAACAUACUUUUGAUGACUAUGCAGAGUUUACAGAUGAAUUUCUCAGUCUUGCAAAGGAAAUAAUGAGCUUGCCGAUGUUAGCUCAUUUCCCUAUGGUUCGUUUAGACUGUGAGGAUUUGAAGGAAGGUUUGGUUGACAAAGCAAGAAGCUUUGCAAAUAAACUGUUGUACAAAUUAGUUUGCAAUCACAGAAAAGAAAAUGAAAGGAUAUGCCAUGAAUUUGAAAAGAUUAAAGAACGUGCAUUAAAAAUUCCUGAGACAACUGAGGAAAUGAUGGCAUGUAUAACAUAUAUAGACAAGGCUAAAACUGUAGGUAUCCAGCAGCUGAAUCUAAGGAUCCAGGAAUGCAAGCAGCGAAUGAAUUACCUGCUAGAUGUUUAUCUGUUUGAUCCAGAUGACUUGGCACUCAAUGCAUCUGUCCUGUUGUGGCCUGUACAGAUUAAUCCCAUCUUUGAUGAAAAUGAUGAUAUUAUCGAAAUGGCUAAACGUAACGGUGAAAGUGAGUUACUGGCCAAACGUGAGAAACUGAUACUAGAAAUAGAAAAGCAGAUGCGUCGUAUGCAGGAAUUUACAGAAUACUCAGAUCUGGACCGCAUGCAGCAGUAUGUAACUGACAUGAGAGCACUGCAAAAACGCAUACAAGAAGCUGAAGAAAUGGUUGCUUUUAUUAAUAAAGAAGAGAGGCUCUUCGAAUUGGAAGAGACAGAAUACCCAGAUUUGGAGGUUUUAAAAGUUAACACUGAGCCCUACCAAAAACUUUUUGCUUUUAUAUUGAAAUGGCAGCGGACUGAAAAACGGUGGAUGGACGGUGCUUUUUUAGACCUUAAUGGGGAAAGUAUGGAAAAUGAGGUAGACGAGUUCUUUCGAGACAUUUACAAGACACUAAGGUUUUUUCAACAGAAACUGAAGAAAGCUGAACUAGAAAAGAAAAAGUCAUUGCAACGCAGACUACUAAUAGAUGAAAAGGUAGAUGAAGAAAAGAAAGAUAGUCCAACGACUACAAUGUGUGCUGCAGUAAUGGAACAGAUUAAAGAUUUUAAGGAAAAUAUUCCUCUGGUGACUAUCCUCUGUAACCCAGGCAUAAGGGGUCGUCACUGGCAACAGAUGUCCGAGAUUGUUGGAUACGAUUUAACACCAGAUUCUGGAUCAACACUAAGAAAAGUUCUAAAGCAGAACUUGACCCCUUACCUAGAGCAAUUUGAAACCAUAAGCAUGGGAGCAAGCAAGGAAUUCUCAUUAGAGAAAGCAAUGCACACUAUGAUGGAUGCCUGGGAUGGUAUUUCCUUCCAAAUAAGCUUAUAUCGUGAGACUGGAGUUAAUAUUCUGUCUGCAGUUGAUGAGAUUCAGACUGUUCUGGAUGAUCAGAUUGUAAAAACACAAACAAUGAGGGGAUCACCUUUCAUCAAACCAUUUGAAAGACCAAUGAAGGAGUGGGAAGAUCGCUUAAUUAGAAUUCAAGAGACUAUCGAUGAGUGGUUGAAAGUGCAGGCUCAGUGGCUUUACUUAGAACCCAUCUUUUCUUCGGAGGAUAUUAUGCAACAGAUGCCUGAGGAGGGGCGUCAGUUCCAGACUGUGGACCGAUAUUGGAGAGACAUCAUGAAAUACUGUGCCAAAGACCCCAAGGUUCUUGCUGCUACCUCAUUGACAGGCUUGUUAGAAAAGCUUCAGAACUGUAAUGAACUUCUGGACAAAAUAAUGAAAGGACUGAAUGCUUACCUUGAGAAGAAGCGUCUGUUCUUUCCCCGCUUUUUCUUCUUAUCCAAUGAUGAAAUGUUGGAGAUCCUGUCAGAGACUAAAGACCCUCUCAGAGUCCAGCCUCAUUUGAAAAAAUGUUUUGAAGGUAUUGCUAAGCUGGAAUUUCUUCCCAAUCUGGAUAUCAAGGCAAUGUAUAGCACUGAAGGUGAACGUGUGGAGCUGAUUGCAACCAUCUCAACCUCUGAAGCGCGAGGGGCUGUGGAAAAGUGGCUGAUACAAGUGGAAGAUCUCAUGCUGGGCAGCAUUCAUGAUGUCAUUGCAAGAUCAAGGCUGGCAUAUCCAGAAAGAGAAAGAAAAGACUGGGUGCGAGAAUGGCCCGGCCAAGUAGUUCUCUGUGUCUCACAAAUGUUCUGGACAAGUGAAGUACAUGAAGCCAUAGCUAGUGGCCCACAGGGCUUAAAGAAUUAUUACAGUACCCUUCAGCUUCAGUUAAAUGACAUUGUAGAGCUGGUAAGAGGGAAGUUGUCUAAGCAAACAAGAACUACAUUAGGUGCUUUGGUUACUAUUGAUGUUCAUGCUAGAGAUGUUGUCAUGGAAAUGAUUGAAAGCGGUGUGUCGCAAGAAACAGAUUUUCAGUGGCUCGCUCAGUUGCGAUAUUACUGGGAGUAUGAGAAUGUGCGGGUGCGCAUCAUCAAUUGCAAUGUAAAAUAUGCUUAUGAAUAUCUUGGCAACUCUCCUCGUCUUGUCAUUACUCCUCUCACAGACCGAUGUUAUCGUACUUUGAUUGGAGCAUUUUUUCUAAAUCUUGGCGGAGCUCCAGAGGGCCCAGCAGGCACGGGUAAAACUGAGACCACCAAAGACUUGGCUAAAGCUCUUGCUGUGCAGUGUGUUGUCUUCAACUGUUCUGAUGGCCUUGAUUACUUAGCCAUGGGGAAGUUUUUCAAGGGUCUGGCAUCUUCUGGCGCUUGGGCCUGCUUUGAUGAAUUCAAUCGCAUUGAGCUAGAAGUGCUGUCUGUGGUAGCUCAACAGAUUCUUUGCAUCCAGAGAGCUAUACAGCUGAAGCUGGAGAUAUUUAAUUUUGAAGGGACAGAACUAAAACUUAAUCCCAACUGUUUUGUUGCUAUUACCAUGAAUCCAGGUUAUGCAGGUCGCUCAGAACUUCCCGACAAUCUGAAGGUCCUUUUUCGAACAGUGGCCAUGAUGGUUCCUAACUAUGCCCUCAUUGCUGAAAUUUCUCUUUACUCUUAUGGGUUUCUGAAUGCCAAGCCAUUAUCAGUGAAAAUAGUAAUGACAUACAGACUGUGUUCAGAACAGCUCUCAUCUCAGUUCCAUUAUGACUAUGGUAUGCGUGCAGUCAAAGCUGUACUAAUAGCUGCUGGCAACCUCAAAUUGAAAUUCCCAGUAGAGAAUGAAGAUAUAUUGCUUCUCAGAUCAAUCAAGGAUGUAAAUGAGCCCAAAUUUUUGUCACAUGACAUACCUCUCUUUAUGGGCAUUACUAGUGAUUUAUUCCCUGGUAUUAAGCUCCCUGAAGCUGACUACAAAGAUUUUCUAGAAUGUGCAAAUGAAUGCUGUCAAACGCAUAAUGUCCAGCCUGUUAAAGUGUUUCUAGAAAAGAUGAUACAGACCUAUGAAAUGAUGAUAGUCAGACACGGUUUUAUGCUUGUAGGGGAACCUUUUUCUGGAAAGACCAAAGUUUUGCAUGUAUUAGCAGAUACGCUUACACUCAUGAAUCAACGUGGGUAUGGGGAAGAAGAAAAAGUCAUGCAUAGAACUGUGAAUCCUAAAGCUAUUACUAUGGGUCAACUUUUUGGACGAUUUGAUCCAGUAUCUCAUGAGUGGACAGAUGGCAUUGUUGCCAACACUUUUCGAGAAUUUGCUUUAGCUGAAAGUCCUGAUCGUAAGUGGGUUGUUUUCGAUGGUCCUAUUGACACCCUGUGGAUAGAGAGCAUGAACACUGUGUUGGAUGACAACAAAAAGCUUUGUUUGAUGAGUGGAGAAAUUAUUCAGAUGUCAGCGCAAAUGAGUCUCAUCUUUGAAGCAAUGGAUCUGUCUCAGGCUUCGCCAGCUACAGUCAGUCGUUGUGGCAUGAUAUACUUGGAACCUUUACAGCUGGGUUGGAUGCCACUUGUAACUUCUUGGUUGAAUAUGCUGCCUGAACCCUUGGACCAAAAGGAGUACCAAGAACUUCUGCAAGAACUUUUUAACUGGUUAGCACCGCCUGCAUUAAGACUUCGCCAAAAAAAAUGCAAGGAGCUGGUCCCCACCAACAACAGCAAUAAUGUGGUAUCUCUUACUCGGAUUUUUGAAAUGUUGAUUUGUGAUGCUGUGCAAAAGGAUCCUAACAGUAAAAACAUCCGCAGAUGGAUUAUGGCUUGUUUUGCUUUCUCUAUGGUUUGGUCCAUUGGUGGAACCUGUGACAGUGAUAGCCGGGAUCUGUUUGAUACCUUUAUGAGGGAUAUUCUAGCAGGAAAAUUGGAAGACCAUCCAAUUCCAGCUGCUGUGGGUAAAUGGGAAAUGCCAUUUGAAGACAGAGGGUUGGUGUAUGAUUAUAUGUUUGAGCUGAAAGGCAAAGGACGUUGGGUACAUUGGAAUGAGUUAAUUAAGACCAUCAGUUACAGUGAUAAAAACGCUAAGAUUCAAGACAUUAUAGUCCCGACAAUGGACACAGUCCGAUACACCUAUUUGAUGGAUAUGUGCAUUAAAUACGGAAAACCACUGCUUUUUGUGGGACCAACUGGAACUGGGAAAUCUGUGUAUGUGAAGGACAAGCUAAUGAACCAUUUAGAGAAGGAAUGCUACUUUCCAUUCUUUGUUAAUUUUUCAGCUCGCACCAGUGCCAAUCAGACACAGAACAUCAUCAUGGCCAGGCUGGACAAAAGACGCAAAGGAAUAUUCGGCCCACCAAUGGGUAAAAGGUGUAUCAUCUUUGUAGAUGAUAUGAAUAUGCCUGCAUUGGAACAAUAUGGAGCUCAGCCUCCUAUUGAACUUCUACGGCAGUUCUUUGACCAUGGGAUUUGGUAUGAUCUAAAAGACACAAAUAAAAUUGUACUAGUUGAUAUACAAUUGAUAGCUGCCAUGGGUCCACCAGGAGGUGGAAGAAAUCCAGUGACACCUCGUUUCCUAAGACACUUCAACAUUUGCACCAUUAAUUCAUUUAGUGAUGAAACAAUGGUCCGGAUUUUCUCUACCGUUGUGUCUUUUUACCUCAGAGUCAAUGAAUUUACACCUGAAUAUUUUACAAUUGGAAAUCAAAUUGUCAGCGGUACUAUGGAGGUAUAUAAGAAGGCAAUGCAAAAUCUACUACCAACACCAGCAAAAUCCCAUUAUACGUUCAAUCUACGUGACUUUUCACGUGUAAUUCUAGGCUGUUUGCUCGUUAAGAGGGAUUCUGUUUUAAGCAAACAAACUAUGAUUCGUCUCUUUGUGCAUGAAGUAUUUCGUGUAUUUUACGACCGCCUUGUGAAUGACAUAGAUAGAGCUUGGUUGUUCAAACUAAUAAAAGAAGUUGUGAAAGAACAUUUCAAAGAAUCAUUUGAUGCAGUAUUUACACAUAUGAGAGAAUCAAAUGCACCUGUAACUGAAGAAAAUUUGAGAAACCUGCUGUUUGGAGACUACAUGAAUCCUGACCUUGAAGGCGAUGAAAGACUUUACAUUGAAAUUCCAAAUGUGCAAGUAUUCAGUGAUAUUGUGGAAGUUUGCUUGGAUGAAUAUAACCAAACUCACAAAUCAAGAAUGAACUUAGUAAUUUUCAGAUAUGUGCUGGAGCAUUUGUCUCGCAUAUGUCGUGUGCUGAAGCAGUCAGGAGGUAAUGCCUUACUUGUUGGAAUGGGAGGAAGUGGCCGCCAGUCACUUACUCGUUUGGCAACAUCCAUGGCAAAAAUGAACAUUUUCCAGCCAGAAAUCUCUAAGAGUUAUGGAAUGAAUGAAUGGAGAGAAGAUCUAAAGAACCUUCUGAGGAGUGCAGGCAUGAAGGGCUUGAAAACUGUGUUUCUAAUCACAGACACCCAGAUUAAAGAAGAAGCCUUUCUGGAAGAUGUUGACAGUGUGCUCAAUACUGGCGAAGUGCCAAAUAUUUUUGCAGCUGAUGAAAAACAAGACGUUAUGGAGGGUGUUCGAUCAGUAGCCCAGGCAGGCAGUAAACAUGAAGAACUUGGUCCCUUGGCCUUAUUUGCUUUCUUUGUGAAUCGCUGCAAAGAAAAUCUCCAUGUUGUGGUUGCUUUCAGCCCGAUUGGUGAUGCUUUUCGCAACCGGCUGAGACAGUUUCCAUCACUUAUCAACUGCUGUACUAUUGACUGGUUCCAGCCUUGGCCUGAGGAUGCUCUUGAACGUGUGGCUAUUAAGUUCUUGGAAAGGCUUCAGCUCACAGACAAUGAGCGGCAAGAAGCUGUUCCUAUCUGCAAACACUUCCAUACUUCUGUGCUGACACUUUCUGCAAGAUAUUUGGAAACUUUGGGACGGCAUAAUUAUGUUACCCCUACUUCAUAUCUUGAACUUAUUGCUUCUUUCCAACAACUUUUGACUUCUAAACGAGAUGCAGUGAUGAGGGCCAAAAAAAGAUACACUAAUGGUUUAGACAAACUCGCGUUUGCUGAAUCUCAGGUUGGUGAAAUGAAACAAGAACUGGUUGAUUUGCAGCCUAAACUGGAACAGGCUAAAGUGGACAAUGCCACUAUGAUGAAGGUCAUAGAAAGAGAGUCUGGAGAAGUAGAAGCCAAAAGCAAAACUGUCAAAGUGGAUGAAGAGCUUGCCACGGAAAAAGCAGCAGAAGCCCAGGCACUCAAGAACGAAUGUGAGAGUGACCUCGCAGAGGCCAUUCCAGCCCUAGAGGCAGCCCUCUCUGCCUUGGACACUCUGAAGCCUUCAGAUAUUACAAUUGUGAAAUCAAUGAAGAACCCACCUUCCGGUGUCAAACUUGUCAUGGCUGCCAUCUGUGUCAUGAAGGAUAUAAAACCUGAAAAAAUUGCAGAUCCUGCAGGAAUUGGAGGCAAGAUUUUGGACUAUUGGGGACCUAGCAAAAAACUUUUGGGUGACAUGAAUUUCCUAAGAGAUCUAAGAGAGUAUGACAAGGACAACAUUCCAAUUUCUGUCAUGCAGAAGAUUCGCUCUGAAUAUCUUACUAAUCCUGAGUUUGAUCCACCCAAAGUGGCUAAAGCAUCCUCAGCAGCAGAAGGACUGUGUAAAUGGAUCAUGGCAAUGGAAGUGUAUGACAGAGUCGCAAAGGUUGUUGCUCCUAAGAAAGCCCGCUUAGCAGAGGCACAGCAGUCUUUAGCACAGACUAUGUUCUUACUAAAUCAAAAGAGAGCUGAACUUCAAGCUGUUGAAGAUCGUUUGGAAGCUUUGCAGCAAACCUUUGCAGAAAAAACGGAAGAAAAAGCUCGACUCGAAUUUCAGGUGGAUUUAUGUGCUAAAAAGCUUGAAAGAGCAGAAAAGCUGAUUGGAGGUCUUGGUGGAGAAAAAUCAAGAUGGUCUAAUGCUGCAGAUGAUCUUCAAAACACUUACGAUAACUUGACAGGAGACGUUUUGGUAUCAGCAGGAGUAAUAGCUUACCUGGGUGCUUUCACAGCUGCCUUUCGACAAACAUGUAUUAAGGACUGGAGCCAACUAUGUAAGGAGAAAAACAUUCCUUGUUCUGAGAACUUUUCUCUGAGUAAGACACUUGGUGAUCCAAUAAAAAUCAGAGCCUGGAAUAUCGCAGGGCUUCCAACAGAUCAGUUUUCUAUAGACAAUGGUGUAAUUGUUGACAACUCUAGGCGUUGGCCAUUAAUGAUUGAUCCUCAAGGUCAAGCAAAUAAAUGGAUUAAAAAUUCUGAGAAAGAAAAUAGGCUGAGUGUCAUAAAGCUAACAGACACAGACUACAUGAGAACUCUGGAAAACUGCAUUCAGUUUGGGACUCCACUUCUGCUUGAAAACGUUGGGGAAGAGAUAGAUCCUUCACUGGAGCCCCUGCUUCUUAGACAAACUUUUAAACAAGGGGGCAUGGAUUGCAUUCGGCUUGGUGAAACAAUUAUUGAAUAUUCCUUUGAUUUCAAAUUUUAUAUUACCACCAAAUUAAGAAAUCCACAUUAUUUGCCUGAAUUAGCCACAAAGGUUUCUUUGCUCAACUUCAUGAUAACUCCAGAAGGACUUGAAGAUCAACUUCUAGGUAUUGCUGUUGCAAAGGAAAGACCAGAAUUAGAGGAGGAAAGGAAUGCUCUUAUUCUUCAGUCAGCUGCCAAUAAUAAACAACUGAAAGACAUCGAGAAUAAGAUUUUAGAAACAUUGCAGUCAUCCGAAGGGAACAUUUUAGAAGAUGAAAGUGCAAUUAUGAUUUUGGAUUGUGCCAAAGUGAUGUCUAAUGAAAUUACCAAGAAACAACAGAUUGCAGAAAAAACUGAAAUCAAAAUAGCACAGUCUCGAGAAGGCUACAGACCUAUCGCAAAACAUUCAUCGGUCUUGUUCUUUAGUAUAGCUGAUCUGGCGAAUAUUGACCCCAUGUACCAGUAUUCUCUUAUUUGGUUUGUAAAUCUUUACAUCAACUCUAUUCAUGACAGUAACAAGUCUAAAAUUUUGGAAAAACGCUUACGGUACCUAAACGACCACUUCACUUACAACUUGUACUGUAAUGUCUGCCGUUCCCUAUUUGAGAAAGAUAAGCUGCUGUUUUCAUUUUUACUAUGCUGUAACCUCCUCAUAGCUAAGAAAGAAAUUGAACAUCAAGAAUUUAUGUUCUUAUUAACUGGAGGAGUUGGCCUCAAGAGCAAAUAUAAGAAUCCAGACUCAUCUUGGCUGCAAGAUAAAAGCUGGGAUGAACUCUGCCGUGCAAGUGAUAUACCUGCUUUUAAAGGACUACGGAAUCAUAUUGCUUCACAAAUAAGUGAGUGGCGCAAAAUCUAUGACCAUAAAGAACCUCAUUCUGUUCCCUUACCAAAACCAUGGGAUGGAAGUUUGAAUGAAAUACAGAAGAUGAUUGUUCUUCGAUGUUUGAGACCUGACAAGAUUGCACCAGCUAUAACCACCUUUGUGACUGACAAACUGGGGAAGAAAUUUGUUGAGCCACCACCAUUUGAUCUUACAAAAAGCUACUUGGAUUCAAAUUCUACAAUUCCUCUGAUCUUUGUGCUGUCUCCUGGAGCAGAUCCUAUGGCCAGUCUUCUGAAAUUUGCAAAUGACAAAAAUAUGAUUGGAAACAAGUUUCAAUCCAUCUCUCUGGGACAAGGUCAAGGACCAAUAGCAGCAAAAAUGAUUAGACAAGGAAUGGAGGAAGGAACCUGGGUUUGUUUACAAAAUUGCCACCUUGCUGUCUCCUGGAUGCCAAUGCUGGAGAAAAUCUGUGAAGACUUUAGCAGUGACAGUUGCCACCCCAUUUUCAGGCUCUGGCUAACUAGUUACCCAUCACCAAAGUUUCCAGUAACCAUCCUACAGAAUGGUGUAAAGAUGACAAAUGAGCCUCCUACAGGUCUUCGGUUAAACUUGCUUCAGUCCUACAUGUCCGAUCCUCUGUCUGAUCCUGACUUCUUUGUUGGGUGCCCUGGAAAGGAGCUGAGAUGGGAGAAGCUACUCUUUGGAGUUUGCUUUUUUCAUGCCCUUGUUCAGGAGAGGAAGAAAUUUGGGCCUCUCGGAUGGAAUAUUCCGUAUGGAUUUAAUGAGUCAGAUUUGCGUAUCAGUGUAAGACAAUUGCAGUUGUUCAUCAAUGAAUAUGAACACGUCCCCUUUGAAGCAAUAUGUUACCUGACAGGGGAAUGUAACUAUGGGGGAAGAGUGACAGAUGAUUGGGACAGGCGGCUACUGCUGACUAUGUUAGCUGACUUUUACAACUUGGAUAUAAUUGAAGAUGCUCAUUACAAGUUUUCUCCUAGUGGCAAUUACUAUGCCCCACCAAGGGGCACCUAUGAUGACUACAUUGAGUUUAUUAAGAAUCUCCCUUUUAGUCAACAGCCAGAGAUAUUUGGAUUGCAUGAAAACGUGGAUAUCUCAAAGGAUCUCCAGCAAACAAAAAUCCUUUUUGAAUCCCUGCUACUAACACAAGGAGGGAGCACACAAGGCGGGUCCUCGGGCGGUGGAGACAGCACUUUAUACGAAAUUGCAGAUGACAUCCUCAGCAAGCUCCCAAAAGAUUUUGACAUUGAAGCUGCACUACUUAAAUAUCCAGUAAGAUAUGAAGAGAGUAUGAACACUGUGCUGGUACAAGAGAUGGAGCGCUUUAACAAUUUGAUACGAACCAUACGUACGACUUUAGUCAAUUUGAAGAAAGCCAUUCGAGGGCUGGUUGUGAUGGAUGCUGAGCUGGAGGCACUUUGUGCCAGUCUUCUUGUUGGAAAAGUUGCAGAGAACUGGGCUAAGCGUUCAUACCCAAGUCUGAAACCGUUGGGGAGUUAUAUCCUCGAUUUCCUAGCUAGACUGAAAUUUUUACAGGAUUGGUAUGACUCUGGAAAGCCCUGUGUGUUUUGGCUGUCAGGAUUCUUUUUUACACAAGCAUUUUUAACUGGAGCCAUGCAGAAUUAUGCCCGAAAAUACACCAUCCCUAUUGAUCUUCUGGGAUAUCAAUUUCAGGUUAUUCCUCAGGAUACUGCAGAAGCUGCUCCAGCAGACGGUGUUUUUGUCAAUGGGCUAUUUUUAGAUGGAGCUCGCUGGGACAGAAAAAAAGGACUUUUAGGUGAACAGUAUCCUAAAAUACUCUUCGACAUGAUGCCAAUUAUCUGGAUAAAACCAAGAAAAAAAUCAGACGCAAAGAAGGCAAAUGCCUAUGUCUGCCCACUCUACAAGACAAGCGAGCGUAAAGGAGUUCUUUCAACAACAGGACAUUCCACUAACUUUGUCAUUGCAUUAAUGUUAGAAACCGAUAAACCUGUCCAGCACUGGAUUAAGCGAGGCGUUGCUCUGCUCUGCCAACUGGAUGAUUAAGUCUGCUGAGUUCAGAAUAAGAUCUGACAAGAA